AUGCCAGGAGUUGCUAAUAACCACCAGAAGCCAGGAAGAGACAAAGAGGAGGAUUUUUCCGAACAUUCAGUUGCCCAUGCCCUAAAUCUGAUGAUUAGCUUUGAUUUUAUGUUCUUCCUGGCCCCCGUGUCCUACUGGUUCUCCCUAAAGAGGACAUAUCUUCAAGCUUUCCACAACCUCUCACCUUUUUUCAUGGCAGCUGAUUUCUUUGUACCAUCAGCUUUCUCAUUGGCUUAUCGGAGCAUUUACACUACAGAGGUACUGAUUCCUCGUAGGCAACAGGCUGCCAAAACUAGCAAUUCUGCAUCUUCUCCUCCCAGCAUGGAAACAAGCAAAGCUGGGACAGUCAGGAAUGAAAGAGUUGUGAACUGCUUAUACCAAAACCCUGACGCACUGUUUAGACUGAUUUGCUUUCCUUGGGCAGGUGGCGGCUCAAUUUAUUUUGCCAAAUGGGGGCAUAAAAUGAACAAUUUUGUGGAAGUGCAUUCCAUAAGACUUGCAGGAAGAGAAACUCGAGCUGAAGAACCUUUUACAAGUGACAUGCAACAGGUAGUUGAUGAAAUUGUGUGUGCUUUGCUGCCAAUUCUCCAGGAUAAACCAUUUGCAUUUUUUGGCCACAGUCUGGGAGCCCUCAUUGCUUUUAAGACUGCAUUACACCUGAAAGAAAAAUACAAGCAAGAACCAGUACAUAUCUUUGUCUCAAGUAUAACUCCUCCUCAUCUAAAGGCCCAAUAUCAUAAGGCUGGAGAGGAAGAAUUAACAGAAGAACAAAUACUCCAAUAUAUUAAAGAUUUUGGAGGCACAUCCAAAAAUAUCAUUGAAGACAAGGAACUUUCCAAACAGUAUAUUACCAAAGUGAUGGCAGAUGCAAACUUGUUUAAUAAUUUCAACUUUGAUGCUCCCCCUGAGGCUGUCCUAUCUUGCGAUUUAACAUGCUUUACUGGAUCUGAAGAUAUAGCAAAGGAUAUCAAAGCAUGGAAAGAUGUAACAAGUGGAAGUUUUAAUAGUCAUGUGCUUCCAGGAAAUCACUUCUAUCUUAUGGAACCUGCCAAUGAGACCUUCAUCAAGAAUUACAUAAUCCAGUGUUUAGAACUAUGGAUGCUUGCCUAUUCUUAG